UCUUGACACACCCACGAUCAGACGCACAGCAGAUUCUCUCCCUCUCUGCAUGAGUGUGUGUGUAUGUGUGUGUGAAUGUGUGUAUGAAGAACAGACGAGCACACCUUCAUCCCAGACUAACAUCAGGGAUAAUUCAGCGCAAAAUAAUUCCGGGAUUCACAACGAAACGAGAAAACGGUGUAUUUAUUAUUGGAUGUUUUAUUUUUUUAUUGAUUCAAUGCGACGCUACCAAGGACAGGUCGAACCGAAUGGCGUUUACAGAAUGUUUUAGCAUUUUUCAGUGUCGUAUUUGUUUGCUGUGAGUGUAUUAUGAACGCUAUUAUGGAUGCAAAUCUCCAUGGAAAUUAAUUUGCGUAAAAUCCGCUGAUCAGAACUGCGCACAUCAUCACACGCACACACACAUACAAACACACGCACACACACAUACAGCAUCAUCGUCGUCAUCAGAGACGCAGGACAUCAGCAGGAUGGAUGCGCUCAGCCGGUGGUUCUGGAAGCAGGAGAUCUGGCUUCCCCCAGGAAUCGUCUGGGAGGAUCUGGAGGAGAUGCAGGGCUCUCGGCGUCCAAUGCCCAGAGAUCUGCUCCUCGCUCUGCCUCUCGCUCUGGCCUUCAUCAUGCUGCGCUACGCUUUUGAGAGGCGUGUGGCGUUUCCUCUCAGCCGAGUUUUAGGAGUCAAAGAUCCAGUUCGCCUGAAAGUCACUCCAUCUCCCAGUCUGGAGGCGUUUUACACUAAAAACAGCAGGCAGCCCACACAGAUUGAGAUCAGCGGGCUGGUAAAGCAGUGCGGUCUGACUCACAGACAGGUGGAGACUUGGUUUCGAAACCGCAGAAAUCUGGACAGACCCAGCAAUACAACAAAGUUCUGUGAGGCCUGCUGGAGGUUUGCCUUCUACCUGGUGGCCUUCACCGCGGGACUGCUGUCUUUAAUUAACACGGCCUGGUUCUGGGAUCAGAGAGAGUGCUGGAGAGGGUUUCCUCGACAGCCUCUGCAGGAGCUUCAUUACUGGUACUACAUGCUGGAGUUGUCCUUCUACUGGUCUCUGCUGCUCUGUGUGUCUGUGGACGUCAAGCGAAAAGACUUUAAAGAGCAGAUCAUCCACCACUUUGCCACAAUUUUCCUGCUGGGUUUCUCGUAUUGUUCGAACUACAUCCGCAUCGGGACACUAGUGAUGCUCGUCCACGAUGCCUCCGACUUUCUGCUGGAGUCUGCCAAGAUGUUUAACUACGCCGGCUGGAAGAAAACCUGCGACUCCUUAUUUGUGAUCUUCGCUGCUGUUUUCCUGGUGACUCGACUGCUGGUGUUUCCUAGCAAGAUCAUCUACACCACUCUGGUUUUGUCGAUGGAGGUGUUUGAGCCGUUUCUGGGUUAUUAUUUCUUCAAUGCGUUGCUGUUGGUGCUGCAGGCGCUGCACAUUUACUGGGCUUACUUAAUCCUCAGGAUGGUCUACAAGUUCCUCUUCUUGGGGAAACUGGACAAAGACGAGCGCAGUGAUGUGGAAACUGAGCCAGAAGAGGAAGAAGAAGAGGAAAAAGAGGAAGAAGAGGAAGAGCAGAGGAGCUGGAGGAAGAGGAAGGUGGUGCUGGACUCCCGCCGGGCCAUGCUGAGCUCCAGCUGCGUUCUCAAUAACCUCACCCAGCAGAAAGCAGACGCUCAAAGACGACCCAAAGCCAGAUAGCACACACAGAUAACCCAACAUCAACAUCAUCAACAUCAUCGUUCAGUCUAACAUCAGUUUCCAGAUCCAAGCACUACUAAAAAUAAAUAAUCUCAACUGAAACAUGACGAGAGGGCGGGACACAUAUAGCUCCUCCCCUAGUUUUUAAUCACAGCUCUGCCAGUGAGAGUGGUCGAGCUCAAGCUCAUCAAAUGAAAAGCCAGUGAGAAGAAGGGGGCGGGGCAUGUCAGAUACUAGAGAGCAUUUGAUUGGUCAAUAUAUUUAAUAAGAAACAAAGGGUGACUGUUUAAAAAUCUUUAAACGGCUAAAUUCAAAACAGAUAGACGGACACCCAUAUCUGUUGUACGCUUCCUGUCUCUUGGCAUACUGUAAACAAACAAACAAACAAACAAAACAUCGACCACAUUGUGGCCUUUGAGAGAAUGUACUUUUUAAAAAUGAGCGAUACCUGGGUAUUGAAACAUGUGGAAUUAAAUACAUAAAUCAUAAUACUGUAGUGUAAACAUAACACAGUUUUAACAAAUUUUAUGUCAUUCGAAAGCUUAAAAUGUGUAGUUUCCAUAUCUGCUGACAGAUAUUUGAUUGAUAAUACUGGGAAACAGUUAUUAAUUUGUUUGUCUCAUCUGAGUCGUUAAAAAAACAUUACUUCGCUACAGCAAUCCACAUGUAAACAUGUUUAAGAGGCUAAAUUCAAAUCAAAUUCCACCAAACUGCUCGUACUACAAUAUACUACAAUGAUGUCUGCUUUAGAAGUUAUAUCAAAAGUAUUAAAAAAUAUGAUUCAAAUUCCUCAAAACAUACACAGAAAUAGUGGACGCCCUUAUAUGGUCAUCAGUGUUAACAUCUGGUGGUCAUGUGUGGUACUGCACACAAACAAAGCUUUACUAAAACCUCAUUUUUUGUGACAUCAACUCCAAAAUUGGAAGAUAAUUUGCUCAGAUACUUAGCUUAGUAGUCACAUUUGGGCUAAUACAGAUUAAUUAAAAUACAUAUUUUAUCUAUUUGCUUAAGCAGGACUGUAGCUCAGUGGUUACCACAGUCGCUUCACAGCAAGAAUGUCAUAAAUCAUAAUAUUGUAGUGUAAACAUAAAGCAAUCAUUCACAAGCUUAAAGUGUCUAGUUUCCAUAUCUGCUGACAGAUUUUUGAUAGAUAUUACUUUGCAACAGUCAUUUAUUAAUAGUUGUCAAACAAUACUUUGCUACAGCAAUCCACAUGUAAACAUGUUUAAGAGGCUAAAUUCAAAGGAAAUUACUCCAAACAGCUCGUACUACUUAUAAUUUGAUGUCUUCUUCACAAAAAUUGUCAAACAUAUUAAACAUAUGGUUCAUAUUCCUCAAAAAAAACAUGCAGAGAAAUAGUGGACGCCCUUAUAUGGUCAUCAGUGUUAAUAGAAUGUCAUCUGGUGGUCAUGUGUGGUACUGCACACAAAUAAUUUUACUAGUUCAUUUUUUUUGAGAUAUCCACUAAAAAAUUAGACUAUAAUUUCCUCAGAUACUAAGCUGUGAUGUUCUGUCAUAUUUGGGCUAAAACAGAUUAAUUAAAAUACGUAUUUUGUGUAUUUAUUUAGGCAGCACGGUGGCUCAGUGGUUACCACUGUCGCCUCAGAGCAAGAAGGUUAUAAAUCAUAAUAUUGUAGUGUAAACAUAAAGCAAUCAUGACAAACUAUAUGUCAUUUGCAAGCUUAAAGUGACUAGUUUCCAUAUCUGCUGACUGAUGUUUAAUAGAUAAUACUGGGAAACAGUUAUGUAUUUAUUCGGCUCAUCAGAGUUGUCAAACAUUACUUUGCUACAGCAAUCCACAUGUAAACAUGUUUAAGUGGCUAAAUUCAAAUCAAAUUCCACCAAACAGCUCGUACUACUUUAUAAUCUUUUAUAGUCUUCUCUACAAGAAUUGUUAAAAGUAUUCAAAAAUAUGGUUCAUAUUCCUCAAAAAAACAUGCACAGAAAUAGUGGACGCCCUUAUAUGGUCAUCAGUGUUAACAGGAUGUCAUCUGGUGGUCAUGCGUGGUACUGCACACAAACAAAAUUACUAAAACCUCAUUUUUUUUGUGAUAUCAACUUCGAAAUUGGAAUAUAUUUUGCUCAGAUAGUUAGCUGUGAUGUUCUGUCAUAUUUGGGCUUAAAUAGAUUAAUUAAAAUACGGAUUUUAUUUGUAUAUUUUGGCAGCACGGUUGGUCAGAGGCACAGUCGCCUCAGAGCAAGAAGGUUAUAAAUCAUAAUGUUGUAAUGUAAACAUAAAGCAAUCAUGACAGACUAUAUGUCAUUUGCAAGCUAAGAUAUUACUAUUGAUAGAUAUUGCUUUGCAAUGGUUAUUUAUAAUUUGGCUCCUCAUAAAAACAUUGCUUUGCUACAGCAAUCCACAUGUAAACAUGUUUAAGAGGCUAAAUUCAAAUCAAAUUCCACCAAAUUACCUGUACUACUUUAGAAUUUUAUGCCUACUUUACGAAUAUUGUCAAAAAUACGGGAUCAUCCCUUAUAUGGUCAUCAAUGUGAACUGGGUGACAUCUUGUGGUCAAGUGUGGUGCUGCACACAAACAAAAUCCUAAUUAAAUUAUAAAUUCUUAUUAAACAAAAGCUUAUUUAUGAGAUUUUGACUUCAGGUUUGGAAUAUAACUUGCUCAGAUAUUUAACUUUGCUUUUUUCUGUCAUAAUUAGACUAAACAGGUUAAUUAAAAUACUUAUUUUCUGUAAUUAUUUAAAUAUACUUUUAUUGUUUUAUUAUUUUCAUAAACAACAGCACAAAACUUUAGUUAUAUUUAACUUUUUGAAUGUUAACUUCAAUCUGACAUGUCUUCUUUAAAGUGAGACCAAGCUUAAAAUCUAUGCAUUAAAUCUAUGAAUUGUAUGCAUAUAAUUUAAGUCAUGUUUAUGCUUAUGUUCAUAACAUGGAUGUGACAGUUGAGGGGUUAAUGUAUGAUAGAACUAAAAACAGUGGUUAUAAAUAGACAUUGGGUGAUUUUCCUAACUGAAAUGAGUUAAGGAUUGGAUCUGGAAACUGUGUUUUAUACAUCAGCUGAAGAAACUAAGCCAGGUUCAUUAUUGAUAUGUACCCCUAUAUACAAUUCUGGAGAGUGCGAAAUACAUCCCAGGAGAUACGUUUCUAGCAGAGGCUGCUGUGUACGCUUUUUCAGAUCUCAGAUUUCUCUCGCCAGUGCCAUCCAUGCCUGCUGUUCUCUCGUAAAUCCACCAGAAGCCACUGAUGACUGACCGAGUGACCCACCCCACCCCCUUCCCUUAAACCCAACCGAUAGUGUUUUCAAUAGGAAUUCAAAAAAAAAAAAAAAACUCGCGGCAGCCUGAUUUUUACCAUGUUUUCAGAUUUUACUACAUUCUCACCCUCUAUUUUACUUGUUUACAUUGUUGUAAACUCAAGUCUAUCAAUGUAAAUGGUGAGCUACUGGGCAAACUGGUAACCGUGGAAAAGACGUGCACAUGGAGGCAAGUGGUCAACUGGUAGCAUGAAAAGAAACAGAUGAUGGCAGUGGUGUCAUACCACUCCCUAGCGUUCAUUUUAAGGGCGAAAUGCAGCCAUAUGUAGCUCUGGAUACAUAAUUGGCGCCCUCCAGAAAUGUACACGGUGGUACGUAUUCACAAUGAGCCUGUGUUGGAAGAAACGGAUUGAUCAUGAUUGUAAACACACCGAGCUGAAAACAAAAAAAAACCUGUGCUGGAUCUCAUUCACAGCCAUCCAGUAUUUACAAAAGCAAUGUUUCUGAGCGUCAUUUAGCUGCACACUUCACAAAUCACUACUAAAAUAGUAGAAGUGGUUGAGAAUAACAUGUAUAUGCUGAUAUAAUCCAUAACAGAAGCUGCAUCACUCUACUAAACAGGCCAUGAAUGACUUUUAACUGAAAAUACACUGUAUUUAUUGUGCACUUGUGUGCUGGAGAUGCUUCUGAGAGAGGUCUGGAUGAGAUGAAUGGUUUAUUUUUGUUUUGUUUUUUGUAAAUAGAGCUGUAGGUUUUAUUUUGAACAUGUGUUUUAAUAUGUUUAAUGUAGAAUGUACUCUACUGUAUGAAAUAUAUCGGACAACACCUUG